AUGGCCGCCACGAAACCCCGACCGUACAAGCGCAUAGUGACGUCGGCGAUGCACCGCCGAUUCGUCCACGCGUCAGCUCUUUCUCUCCUCGUCUGCUACCUGAUUUCAAUUGCAAUUGGCGACAAAUCAUCCUUUCUCUGGACAUGGUUCCCUCUCGGAUGGUGCGGUAUCCGUACCCUCAUGCUCGCCAUCUCGCCUCUCCUCGUCUUUAUCCUCCGCGUUAGCCAGCUUCACAUUGGUUCAAUCACAACGAAAUCAUCGCUCGGUACAUUUCGAUAUCUCUUCCCGUUGCAAAUCGCGCAAACUUUUGGCUGUUAUAUCUUCACCGCAUGGCUGUUUACUGAAAUCUAUAUCUGGUCAUCUCCGGCUAGUGCGGAGCUUGAGAUGGUGAAACGGGGCAGGUCAGUAGAAACCUACUAUCAUCAUUUCUCCGUCGGCGAUGAUAUACUCACAGGGUCCAGACUUCACGAGCGACCUACUCUAAACGAGAGACCGAUCUACAUCCACACUUACCAUUUCCUUCUAGCGUGUACCCAGGCAGUUGUUCACCUGUACUGCGAUUACGACCGUGUGCCCGUGCCCGUGGCAAAGCGAGCGCCCAAGGCUGACGAUCAACGCACACACCCGGUGCCUCAAACUGCGAAGCAUAUUCAGAACGCAUUGCCUCCAAUGUUGAGUGCUGGCUUGACACGCAGUGCCGUGGUUGCCGGGAUUCUUCCUGUGGUGUACCCUUUGGUAUUUCGACAGACUGCAUGGGGCACAUCCUUGUAUUUCGCCAAGCUCUUCUGGAACUUUUCGCGGUCAUCUUCACAGCCCAGCACGCUCCUUCUAACUCCAAGCUUUGUUCCUUUGCUCAUACGUACCAUUUUUUCGGGAUUUCUUCUGGUUUCUUUGUGGCAGACGACCAAUGUAUUCUUUUCCGUCUUCAUCGGUAAAGAGCCAUUGAAGCGUGGUCAGCCUCUGACUAUUGACGCCAAAGAUCCCAACGGUAGCUUGAUUACGGGUUUGAAGACGAAGAAGGAAAUGCCCAAGGCGUUUGCAUUCUGGGAGCUUAGCCUUAUCAGCCAGCGUCAGCCCGAGCGUCGCAAGACAAUCUUCAACGAAAUCGACCGCGAGGGAGGCUCUAGUUGGUCUCAAGUAGUUGCGUCCCUCACCGACGUGAUCAAGGCGAUCCCAGCAAGGAUCAGUGCAUUCAGCGCCCCUCCACCCGAACAAGCCCCCCAGCCUACUCUUCAACCUCUUCCUCGUUUGACAGAGGCACUCAAGACUGAUAGCGUCUUUGCCGUUACCCCUAAGACUACAUCUCGCCAAGACAAGUUCGGUCAAGCCUUUGGAUCGACAGCCAGGUCAUAUGGCCAGUCGCCUGAUUGGACCCCUGCAGCUCGGGCUCGGGCUCGCCAUGCCAUUGAUCAGGCUUCGACUGCCAUGCUCAGCCCUGAACGCAAGAAGAAGCUCCUCGAUACCUCCAAGGAGUUGAAAAUGCUUAUGAAUGGUCCUCCUGUCACAUACAAGCCCGAGAACGUUCACCCGGUCAUUGCCUCAAUUCUUCGUACGCCUGUUGGUCAAUUUUUCUGUCAACCCUAUGCCCGACGAGCAUCGAACAUUGUGCUUGAUGGUCCUUCGUCAUCUUUGACUUUGAUUGUGGACGCCGUGGAUGCGUUGACUCGUUUAUUGGUUGCUAGCUUGGCGGAGGAUCAAUACGGUCGGGUCCAGGCCGAUGUUGCUCCCGUCAUUCGCCUUUUCACCGAGACUAUCAUGGCAGUGGAGGAAUUUGUUCACGGAGGUGGGCUGCAUGCUCACUGGACCGAUGUGUCCUUCCCGCCAUCCAGCAACCCCGAAGCACAGGUGAAAGCACGCGAGAUUCCGAACGUGGACCUUGUUUUGGAUACGCUGAAGAGCGGCCUGAGGGACUUGCUCGAGGCUUUCAAGCCGUAUCUUCGUGAUAUCGGUGUUGAAGGCAAGGAUCUCCGGCUUGCGAAGGAAGCAGCUGGAGUCGACGCAGAGGAGGAUUUAUCAUGA